AUUCUAACAUAGCAUAGCCAUGGCUAGUUCUUUACUGUUUGGCUGUUGUGUGAUAGUAACAAGCUUGUUUAUGGCUGUGGAUUCUACUCAAACAAGAGCUUUCUUUGUUUUUGGUGAUUCACUAGUUGACAAUGGCAACAAUGACUUCUUGGCAACCACUGCACGUGCAGACGCACCGCCUUAUGGCAUUGAUUUCCCAACGCAUAAACCUACCGGACGCUUCUCUAAUGGCCUAAACAUACCUGACUUAAUCAGUGAGCAGCUUGGGUUAGAGCCUACAAUGCCAUAUUUGAGCCCUCUACUAAUGGGAGAAAAGCUUCUAGUUGGUGCCAAUUUUGCUUCUGCAGGGAUUGGGAUCCUCAAUGAUACUGGAUUUCAGUUUCUGAACAUCAUCCACAUGUACAAGCAGUUGAAGCUAUUCCAGCAUUAUCAGCAAAGGUUGAGUGCACAGAUUGGUCCAGAGGGAACUAAGAAACUAGUGAACAAAGCACUUGUACUCAUCACUCUUGGAGGCAACGAUUUUGUGAACAAUUACUACUUAGUCCCCUAUUCAGCUAGAUCUCGCCAGUAUUCUCUCCCAGACUAUGUGACCUAUAUCAUAUCCGAGUAUCGCAAAAUUCUCAGGAGGAUUUAUGAUUUGGGAGGUCGUAGGAUUCUUGUAACGGGCACAGGAUCGAUGGGGUGUGUGCCUGCAGAGUUAGCCUUGAGAAGCAGAAAUGGUGAAUGCGAUGUUGAACUUCAGAGAGCUGCGGCCUUAUACAAUCCACAACUUGUUGAAAUGAUCAAAGGACUCAACAAAGAGAUUGGAGCUGAUGUCUUUGUUGCCGCUAAUGCAUAUCAAAUGCACAUGGACUUUGUUAGCAACCCUCAAGCUUAUGGAUUUGUGACAUCGAAGAUAGCUUGCUGUGGGCAAGGCCCGUACAAUGGGAUUGGACUCUGCACUCCACUUUCCAACUUGUGUCACAAUCGAGACCUAUACGCAUUUUGGGAUGCAUUCCACCCAUCAGAAAAAGCUAGCAGAAUCAUAGUCCAACAGAUCCUCACUGGCUCCACCCACUAUAUGCACCCCAUGAACCUUAGCACCAUCAUGGCUCUCGACUCCAAUGUUUGAAUUAGCCUUAGCCUUCGAUUCUAGCUAGCUAGCAAUGUUUCAACCAAGUGGUAACUUACCACAAGAAAUUAGUUAUGUGAAGACAUGUCCUAUAUAAGUUAGUGUUAGUGUCCCUAGUUAGUGUCAUUUAAUUUGUGGUUCAAAAUAUGCUGGCUUGGCCUCUAAAUUGCAAUUGCUCUAGUGCUGGUAAUAAGAUAUUGUAUUCCUUUGAUUGAAUGGAGCUGUGAGUGUUUUGUGUAUUUAUAUUUUUAUAAGAUUAAUUGGAGAACAUUGAUUGUGAUCA